AUGGGUGUGAUGGCCGUCGCUCUAUUCAUCACGGUUCUCCUUCUUUUUCAACAAAUUUCUUCGUCAAACAGUAGAGACGAGGGUUCGUCGUCCAUUGAUACCGUCCAUCCCAUCAAUUUGAGGUCUUGUCAAAGAAAUUUGAGUAAAAGCCAACAAGAACUCGUCGAGGCUCGAGGAAAAAUCUGCGAACUCUGCGAACGACCGACGAAGAUUGGUGCUGAUUUGAAAGAGAUAGAUUCCAAAGUCGCCGAAAUGUCAAGGACCUGCUCCGCGUUGAAAGCCGAUUUCGAGAGGGAGUUGAACGAAACGAGAGAGAAAAAUGCUGAGGUCGAGAGGGAAUUGAGGUCCGAAAACACUGAGCUCAGAGCCGAUUUAGCAACGAAAAUAACCGAAUUGAGGGCUCAAAUACAAUCUGAAAGGGAAAACAAAACGGCCGAAAUCGCGAAGUUGCAGGCAGAUUUAAAUCAAACGAUGACUUUCUUGGAUCUGAAUGGAUGGUCGUAUUUGGAACAAACCGCUUCUUGGUACAAGACUUUGGAUCAAGAAAUGACAUUUGAUGAAGCCGAGGCAUAUUGUGGGGGCAAAAAGAGCCAUUUAGUCACAAUUCACAGUCAGGAAGAGAACCAUUUUGUUUGGAAACUCGCGAACACUCUUUAUUCAAAUGCUUGGUUCUGGAUCGGACUGAAGAGAAAUCCGAACAAAGAAAAUGCUUUUGAAUGGACGGAUGGAAGUUCGGUGGAUUUCACGAAUUGGAGAUCGGGAGAUCCAGAUUCGAACACCCACGCUACGCUUCGGAGCGGCAAUGGGAGAUGGAUGGUUUAUCCUCCUACCUAUCAGAUUCCUUUUAUCUGCAAAAGGAGCUCUCAAUUC